AUGCUUCCGUCUUAUAUGACUGCUCAAGUCUGCAUUGCUUUUAUUUCCUCAGCGAUUCUUUAUCGUGGCACUAUUAUUUUGUUGCCAAAUAUUUCUUGCAUCUGCGUUCUUCUAUGGUACUUUUGGCACUUCUCAGUUUCCAGCAUUUCGUUACGGCAGCCGCACCUUAUACUUUAUCAAUAUGAUGAUUUCGACGCCACAUUAGAUGAGAUGGAAGCAUUUCCUACGGCUGAGACUUGUCGAUUUGCUUAUUCAGCCCACUGGCCUGAUGUUGUAAAUUCAAAAUGCAAAAGAUCAGUAGAACGUGAUAAACAUUAUCCGAUUGUUAGUCAUUACAACAAGGUGAAGCAGGCGAAUCUGAAAUGUAAUCAGAAUGCGUAA